AUGGCAGCAGGGAUGGAGGCUGCGAUGGGGCUGGUGGGGAGCCCCGGCGGUGUCUCAGCCACCGAGGUCCUGCUGGCGGCCACCGUCUUCUGCCUGCUCCUGCUGCUCGCCCAGCCCCUGCGGCGCCGCGUGCCCAAGGGGCUGAAGCCCCCCCCGGGCCCCCGUGGCCUCCCCGUUGUGGGCAACGCGCUGGAGCUGAGGAAGGACCCGCACCUGGCCCUGACGCGGCUGAGCCAGAAGUACGGGGACGUGAUGGAGGUGGCCAUCGGCACCCAGCCCGUGCUGGUGCUGAGCGGGCUGGACACCCUGCGGCAGGCGCUGGUGAGGCAAGGGGAGGACUUCAUGGGGCGCCCCGACCUCCCCAGCUUUAAGUACAUCUCCAACGGGCAGAGCCUGGCCUUCAGCCCCGACGCGGGGGACGUGUGGAAAGCGCGCCGCAGGCUGGCCCAGAACGCCCUGAAGACCUUCUCCAUUGCUGCCAGCCCCACGUCGUCCUCCAGCUGCCUCCUGGAGGAGCACGUCUCCAAGGAGGCCGUCUACCUGGUCACCAAGUUCCUGCAGCUGAUGGAGGAGGAGCAGAGCUUCGACCCAUACCGCUACCUGGUGGUCUCGGUGGCCAACGUCAUCUGUGCCAUGUGCUUCGGCAAGCGCUACGACCACAAUGACCAGGAGCUGCUCAGCCUGGUCAGCGACAGCAAUGAAUUUGGGGACGUGGCAGCUGCUGGCAACCUCUCGGACUUCAUCCCGCUGCUCCGCUACCUGCCCAGCCGCACCAUGGAUCUCUUUAAGGACAUCAACAGGCGCUUCAACUUGUUCAUAGAGAAAAUUGUCCAGGACCAUUACGCCACCUUUAACAAGGAGCACAUCAGGGACAUCACCGACUCGCUGAUCGGGCACUGCCAGGAGAGGAAGACAACAGGGGAGGACACCCACAUCCAGCUCUCCGACCAGAGCAUCAUCGCCAUCGUCAACGACCUCUUUGGGGCAGGCUUUGACACCGUGACAACCGCCCUGUCCUGGUGCCUCAUGUACGCUGCCUUUUACCCCGACAUCCAGAAGAAGAUCCAGGAUGAGCUGGAUCAGACCAUCGGCCGGGAGAGGAGACCGCGGCUGUCAGACCGCGGCACGCUGCCCUACACGGAAGCCUUCAUCCUGGAGAUGUUCAGGCACUCUUCCUUCCUGCCCUUCACCAUCCCGCACAGGACGACGAAAGCCACUGCUCUGAAUGGCUACUACAUCCCCAAGGACACCUGCGUGUUUGUCAACCAGUGGCAGGUGAACCAUGACGAGAAGCUCUGGCAGGACCCCUCCUCCUUCAAGCCCGAGCGGUUCCUCAACGCAGCCAGGACUGAGAUCAACAGGACGGAGAGCGACAAAGUGCUGACGUUCGGCCUGGGGAGGAGGCGCUGCAUUGGCGAGUCCAUCGGCCGCUGGGAGGUUUUCCUCUUCCUCACCACCUUGCUGCAGCAGCUGGAGUUCAGCCUGGCCCCGGGCGAGGCGGUGGACAUCACCCCUCAGUACGGGCUGACCAUGAAGUACAAGAAGUGUGAGCGCUUCCAGAUAAAGAGGCGCUUCCUCUCCAACGGCUCACCGUGAGGCAGCGAAAAAUUAAGGCAAUAAAUGACUUUUUGGGUCGGGCGCCUCCGCUUGUGCUCCCGGCGUGGAGCUGCUCCCAUUGCCGCCUAGCUUCACUGCAGGCAUCCUCGUCCCUCGUUGUGCUCAGGCUGAAGAGGAAUUUGCACAAUGAAUCCCUGAGUGUUUGCACCCCACAGAUGCCCUAAUGACUGGAAAUGUGUAAUUUAGGUCGUGCUGCUCACAGGUCAUGGUGUUAGCUGCCUCCGAAGGAGAAGCC